GUAGCAUCGUUCUGCGUUGCUGCUUGUAAACAAUUAAGCUUGUGACCGGGGUUGUUGUGGGCCUAUUCAUCACGGGGAAAAUAACAUAUUUGGAAACAACAAAAUGCCGACUUUAGAAUAUUUGCAAGAAAUAGGUCAGAAAACUGUAGAAACCCUACGGGAAUAUUUAACUGAUAAUAAUGGUUGGCAUACUGCGAAAAAAACUGUGAGUCGACAAUAAUAAUAAUUCAAAAUAAAGUGUUGUGUUAUAUUUUAUAUUCUAUUAGCCUAAGCCUAGUUGAAGUUUAACUUAAUUAGGGAAUUAAAAUUAGUCUAUACUAUUAGCAUUAGGCCUGCUCUGCUUCCACGUUGGGGUUGAGAGGAGUUUUCAUCAGUCAGUCUAUAGCUUAUGUCUAACUUAUAAAAGGUUAUGACUCCGGUUAUGUACUAAAUAAUUUUCCAUGGUCAGAGUCCAUUUUUUAUUUUUAAAAAUUAGCUUCUUUUUAUUUUUGGACCCUAAGUUAUUUUCCGUUUAUUAAAUUUUUAUAUUAAUAGGCCUAGUAACUCCUCAGAACAGCGGUCUGUAAUGUCAAAUAGAAUACUUUUUGUUUGAAAGUGCCCAGCCCCAACUGUCAGCCUAAUAGUAAUAGCUGCAGAUAAUUGCUGAUGUAAAUUUUAAUUGCUUACUUCUCAUUUUGUUUGCAGACUGAUUAUUGCUUGUAAUAAUAUAAAAUAAAUAGUACCAUGGCCGGCCGGCAGGCCGCUAAUGCCUGUUCAAUAAUGUUUUUUCCAAGAAACAUUCAGCAAACUAACCACACAGCGCCAAAGGCACUGUGUUAUGACAGCAUGCUUUGGUUAGUGUGGCUUGCUGAACACCGUCCUAUGCAAAACAGCAAUUCAAUAGAGAUAAAUUUUGUUUCUUUCUUUUUCUUUUCUUUGUUUUCUUUGGUUUUUUUCAGGUGAUAAUUAUGAUGAUGAAGAGGUUGGACUUUUAAAAAAUGCAUAAAUUUAAAUAGGGCAUUAGAUGCAAACAAUUGCAUCACCAAUUAUAUGCGGCUAUUAGGCUUGUAGCCUGGCAAGUGGCUGGCCUAAAUUAUGUAAUUUUCUAUUGUCACAACAGCAGACAUGUCAAAAAUGUAUGUAACACAACAUAAGAAAUCGGAAGGGAAAAGGGAGACAGUGUUUUUCAGUAAAUAACAAAAUUAUGAGAACAGAAUAGUUAAAAAAAAUUAAAAUUAGCGACAUAUUUUGUCAGUGGCCAAUGUAGCAACUUUAUUGUAUACCUCUAGAUACGCUGCAAGAAGUGUCAACAUUCUGCGGUCGUUCCCUUCCCUUCCCUUAACUAAAACAUGUGUACUACGGUUAGUUACACAAUGUAGUGAGAAAAGUGUAAAAUAAAGAAAAACAAUACUAAAUAUUUUGUAAAUAAUAAAAAUACAACUUUAUCACAAAAAUAUCACUUUUACACACUUUAUUUACAGGUUCCACCUAAAUUUACAGGUUCCAACCAAAAAUACAAUCCAAAAUAUGUCCUUAGUAGACAUUAGUCAACAUCUAUUUUUCAAAAUGAUCAGAUUUCAGACCCCCCCCCCCAAAAAAAAAAAUAGCCUGGUCUUGAAAUAUGAUAUUUACCUUCAAAAUGAAAUAUAAAUUUUAAAAAUUCAUCAAUCAAAAACAUUCCAUGAGCUUAGUAAUAAAAAAAAAAAUUAACUAACAACUAAACAAGACCCUUUUUGUCUUACUCCCCUUGACUUCUUAAGAGCAAUUUGUUUCACGUGUAAAUCAACAUCAAAUGAUUUCUGCAUUUAAAUUACAUAUUUGUAAAUUAGCUCUUGGUAUUUAAAGAUUUACAGUAAGAGUAGUGUAAACCAUACAAUAAGUAUACAACCCCAAUUAUUAAUAGUGUUUUAUUAUUAAACAUAUUUUUAUAUUGUUAUUGAAUAAAUGGCAUUGUCAAGAUCAAUUGCAUAUGUAGGCUAAUCAAGUAAAAAGCUAAAAAUAACUAAUACUGUUAUAAUUAAAUCAUAAGAUAAACCCUUUCAAAUUUUCGCUGUACAACAAAAGUGGACAGCAUCAAUUAGUGGGUUGCCAACUGAGCUAGUAAUGACGAAGGAGGGAAAGACUGAUCUAAUUUUCAGUCUCUCUGCACUAAAUGUCAAGUUUAUCUCUGAUAAUUUCUUUAUCUCAGGGUAGUUACACCUGUUCCAUCUAACAUACUAAAGACAUCUCUAAGUACUGAUGAUGAUAUUUUUCCAACUGGAAAGAUAUUAAUAAAUACAAACCAUUUAUGAAAAAAUAGUUUAAUUUUGUUUUCACCAUUUUUCUCAUAUUUCAGAAAGACAUCAUUGUUGAAUACAAACAUUCCAAGUGCCCAGGAUUUGAGCAUGGUUAUCUGUAAGUUUCAUGUUCAGACUGUUAAGAAGCAACAAAAUGAGGUUAAAAGGAUUAAGUUUUAUAAGCAUUUACUUGAGCAAUGAAAAUUUUGUUAAAAGAGUCUCCUCCUUCCCCCUUAAAGAUAUAAAAACCAGAGGGCAUAAAUAACUUGUUAAUCAAAGCUUUUGAACAGUUUGGAUUGGCUUUAUGGAUGAAAUUUUAUCAAAUCUUUGAGAUAACUCUGAACAAGUUACCGCUGCUGAGAGAUAACAUUGCCCUCAAGAGGAUUAUUUAGUGAAAAGUAUUUAAGGGGAAGCUAUCUAUACUUAGAAAGGAAAUUAGUAUCAUCUUCCUGAGUAUAAAAAAAUACAACUAAAUAUUUUUCAUCCUUUAUUUUAAAAUAUUUUUUUUGUUUUUGCUUUGUAGAGUUUUUUCAUUAUUGUGUUAAAUGGAGGAUAAACUAGUUAUUCAAGAGAUGCAAAAAAUUAAAAUGUUACUGAUAGCCAUGCGUAUUUGCUGAAGAGUGCAUUUUAUAAGGGGAAAAUGUUAUUUUUGAGUGUGUGUGUUGAUAGUUGAUCAUAUCAACUUCCCAGCUGCAUUAGCAAUUAGCUUUAUGGGAUAACUUUUUUUUUUAAAUGGUAACUGGUAGACUCUUUCUUGGCUGUACAUUUAACAUAUUUAUGGUAACUAUCCAUCCAUCCUUGUGUUGCUCCAGCCCAUGUUGGACUUUGGCCUGCCUCACCACUUCCUUCCACUCAGACCUAAUGGAUGCUUUUCUUUACCCAGCUGCUGUAUAUCUUUUUCCUCAUCAUCCGUUCAUCUAAGCCUAGGUCUGCCUUUGAGUUGUUUUCCUCUGGGGUUUCAGUAACUACAUGGCUAAAAUAUUACUAAAUGUCACUUAAAUUACUUUUGGUUUGUAAACACACUCUUCUCUGACCAUUACAGUUACAGAGGACAAACUGAAUACAACUGCUCCAAAGAGAUACUUUUUGAUUACAUUGACCCAACAGACAAUGACUGCCUUAGAAGGAAAUGGGAUAAAGAUAUAAGAGGUAUCCAGCUUCUCAAGCAAGUUACACCUGUAAGUAAAAAUAAUUUCUUAGGGCUCUUUAAGAUUUAUGCAGAUCUCUUUCAAAUAAUUUAGUUGUUGUUUAGCAUUUCAUGUUCAUAUUAUAAUAAAAAAAUAUUUUUUAAUCAUCCUGAUGUAUUGGGUUUAUGAAAUAAACGUUUACUGGUUGUUCAAAACAUGUAUGUCGCUAACACUUUCAUUCUGAAAGUUUUUUGUUCGGCCAUCGAGUGCAAAGAAGAGCAAGGCUUCAACUUGAGUAGUAGCCUUCACUUGAGCUGCAUUAUGUUUAAAGUGAAGUAGAGUUGCUCAGUUCGUCAAUGGCAAGACAUAGUCAAAACAACUGCAAAUAGACCAGGAUGCAGUGGAUAACCAGCAGUGUUUCUUGGGUCUCAAUGUGCUCUUAUGCUUCUCAUAUCACAGGAGUUUUUCGGAAUUUUCAUUUGCAACAGAGUCAUAGCACCUAAGGGACUCCUUCUCCAGGUUUAAUUUAAGAGUUUGCCUUCUCUUAGAAUUUUGAGUCCCAUCCACUCAUUGCGCUGGUGUUGUUUUGGUUGUCUAGAACUCCAGUCCUCAAGCUUGGGACUGACUCAGUUUAAACCUCUGGACCACCCAGCAAUCCCUUUUUUAUUCUUUACUUGUAAACUAAUUCCACAUAGCAAAUAACUAUCAUUAGUUGGACAGGAUGGGAUAUUAUAUAAGAGAGGACAUUUGUAAGCUACUUAUUUGAUGAAAUCAUUAAUUGAUGAUGAAAUGAAUGAACUUAGUCAAUUUUUGUUUGAGAAUGUCUGUUGUAGGCGUACCAUGCAUAAAUGCUGCCUGGGGCGAUCUCCCCAUUAGCCCAAAUCUAUGUAUGCCAUCAAUUAGAAAUGUCAGUUUGGCUUUUAUUUCUCCCACAAGACCUCAUAAAAAUAUUUUUUAAAUUAUAUUCUUCUUUUAGUAUACUUGUUGUAUCAGCUCAUUUGAUAAUUUCAGCAUGUUUGAAGCAAGCUUAUGUCAUUGUCAUGCUCUAAUUUAAGCAACAAAAUUUAUCUAUUUCAGGAUAUACGAAUUAUAAGAUCUAUGACAAACAGUGCAGCUAUGGGCCUUAUAUCACCAAGAGACUUCAUUGAUGCCAUCAUGACAAUAAAAUCAAAAGACUUUAUAUCAACCAAUGGUACAUACUCUUUAUUUAUAAUUCCAUUUAAAGAAAUAAUCAUUUAAUUAUGAGAUAAGUUCGGGCAGAUUUUCAAAGUUCUUACGGGAUGAAUAAGCUUUUAAUUAAGAUAAGACCUCCAAACUCUGCCAAUUAUACGCCUAUAUAUAACCCAAAUUCCAGGUACUAGUAUUGAAUAUGAAGAGUGUCCACCUGAGCAUGACUUUGUUAGAGGAUGGAACUAUCCUUGUGGGAUGAUGUGCAUUUCUGCACCUGAGUAAGCCCUAAUUUAUUUUUUUAAUCUUUUCUUUUUUAAAGAUUCAUAUAGAUUACUUUUAUUAAUGAUAAUGAAUACAAUUAUGACAGACAUUUUAUUUUUGCCUUCUAACACAAAUUCAUAUAAACCAGAAUUUGUCAUCACUCUGUUGGGACAAAAAUCUGGUUUUCUCGCUUUGCAAAUGCCAGCAGAUACAUUUUCCUCAUCUAAUCAUAUUGGUUAAAACACUGACCCAGUUCUUAAUUUGAGACUGCUGUUCAGUAAUAAAGAUCUUAAAGGGAUGAUAAUAGAAGUUACCAGUAACUAUAAGUUAUGCACUAAGCAAGACAAGCUUAAGACCUAACCAGGUCACUGUUAUACAGAUUUGCUUAUCUACACAGAGUAAUAGGACCUAGUAUUUCAAUGUCGUAAAUUGGGAAAGCUCACAGUUAUACCAUAGAUAUCUUAACUACCCAGAUCCUUUUUUUGUGUCACUUCUUUAAAUGUGUGAUUGUUUAGGGUUAACUUAUCUGGACCUUAUUAUGAAUUUACUCCUUGUAUUGGCUGUACAAUAAAUAAUAUUAAUAUUAUUAAAUUAAAUAAAUCCAAUGAAGCGAACAUUCUUACAAUUUAUUUUCAGACUACCCUGACAACAUUAGCGCACAUUGCCGUGUCAGAGUAUUGUAGGGAAACCUUUCUUUCUUACUUGCAAAGUCAAUAACAACACAAUACAUUUAAAAAAUGAAAAUAAUGGCAUUUAAAAAUCAAAAUCAGCGCAUGUGAUGAAUAAAAAAAAGAGUCAAUCAGAAUCAAGUGCUAGCAACAGUUGUUUGUAAUAAUUUGUUCCAACACAGACAUAAAAAUUCUACCAUUUGCUCUCAAAGAGCAUUAAAAUUUUCUCAUAAGUUAAAGUAACAGUUAAAUUAUGGGUCUAAACUGUCUGUGACACACCUUCUAACAUGACAGUAAAAAAACACUUGGAAGCCCUGGAGCAACACCAAGUAUAUUAUGCAACUUUAAAAUCCAGUCUGGCACAUCAUUAUCAUUAUAAUUUUAAAAAAAACAAUUAUGGUAAAUUACUCUGACACAUUUCAUUUUAUUCCAGCCGAGACAGUUGGCAUAAAUUGACUAAUACAUGUUUGUUAUUCAGGUAGUUUACAGUUCCAUUAUUCUUAAUUUCUAAUCCUUUCAACUGGAUAAAACCAGCACUUAUUAACCUACAAAAAUGGUUUGAAUAGUUCCUCCUUUCUGAAAACCUUUCUGAAAUGUAUAACACAGCAAUCAUUUCUGACACUCAGCCUAGCAUUAUUCAGAAAUAACGUAGGUAUUGGGAAAUUUUUUCAGAAGCGAGGCCCGUGUUCGCCUGGAUAUAAUUUGGAUAAGUCAAAGCUUAUGUUAGGCCAUCUGAUUUAUGAAAUUCUACAUUUGCUUUAAGCUGUCAUUGUAAUUUUUCACGCAGCUGUGGCCGGUAAUGGGUCACUGGUGGUAGACUCAACGCAAGAUCCGCUCCAUGAAUUUCCUCAUGCAAGAAUUACAACACUUACUUGGUUGAUCCUUCAAAUAGUCAUCCUUGAUGUAAUUAAGAUGACAUCCAGACUGAAGACCGCAAUGAAAUUUUCAAUUUUAAAUCAAAUCAAAAGGGCAUAUAAAUACCGAUGACAUUAAAAAAAACAUUUCCUCUUCAGAGAAAUCGUAAGGUCACCUACCACCCCACCUCUGCAACCGUUUGUAGAGAAUGUUGCUAACUCUUAUCUUUCUUCUGUCAUCUGCUUAAACAAACACUGUUUUUUUUUUCUUAAUACUCUUCUCUUUAUUUAGACAUAUUAGGUAUAAAAUUAAGAGGAAUGUUACAAAUGCUCUUUUCUACUUACUUACUACACUACUCAACUACUUUAUUAGUCCACUUUACGCUCUGUCUUGUCUCCCUCUCUAGUCUCCAUCUCCAGUUAAAGUUGUCUUUCCCUCACUACAUAACCGUAAGUCUCAAGUCUGGGCUCAAAAACAGGAGUUAACCAAUCAAAAGAUACCUGUGGAAGACUAACCCUGCUCUUGAAUGAUAGACAUUAAUUGUAUGUUCACACCUGGUAUCAUGGGAUAUCAUCGUCAGACUUAAGAAUAGCAGAUUGCCAUUAAUCUAUGCUGCUGAUCAUUUCUUUCAAAUCUGAUUCUGAUCAAAGAACUGCUACCAUCUUUUUUCAUCUGGGCACUGAUGCUCAAGCUGACAAUCUCUAAGGAAACAGACUGUAACUCAAAAGGAAGGUUGCCCAAUAACCUCAUUCUAUUAUUCCUUGGUACAAUAUUACAAUUAUUUUUAUAAUGACUAAAGCUUGCCAGGAGAAGCAUAAAUGACCUGCUUUCUUUGUUUAUCAGUUGAAUUUGUUAAGGUUAAAUAAUGUACAUUUCUUUGGAUUUAACUGAAAAUAAUUAUCAUAUUCUAUUAUUUGAAUAGCAAACCUGAUAGUACCCGCUUGGUGACAUUUAUUCAACCUGAUAUUAAAGGCAUGAUUCCUAAAGCAUUGGUGGACUCUGCUUUACCAACAUCCAUGACUGGUUUCUUCAACAAUCUACGUGCAAUUCUUAAAAAAGAUGGCCAGUUGAAAUGAUAAGACUAACACAAAGUUGGAUGACAUUUCUCAGAAGUGACUAAGUUAAUUAUAGAAGUUUUUGAGACGCAAAAAUUGUUGUAUAUUUGUUUUAUUAAACUACCCAUGUAAAUUAUUGCAUUGCGAACUCCUUAAAGCUAUCAUUUUUAUGUCAUAGACUAAUUAUAAUUUGUACUGCCCUUUUUUCAUUCCAUUGUUUCUCAACCUUACGAAAAAUCCUAUUUAUUAGUAUUGUUUUUUUUUUUAUGAAUUUGAUGUGAAAAAUGUGACGUGAUAUUUGAUUGACAUUACCUUACUUUUAUACUUGCUAAAUGUAAAACAUUAGCUUCCUACACUCACGCUGUUAUUAGUAGGUUAUUUUACUGACGUUUUGAGAUGACAAAGUUGAUACAAUGAUCAAAAUUAGAAUUUCAAUGUGAAUAUAUAUUGAGUUAUUUUGUACUUACCAGAUCUCACGUUGCUUAAGAUGGAAAUACAUUUUGCUCAAUGACAUAUCUAUUUCUUUAAAAGCCUAUCAUCAGAUAUCCUGUAAUUUUGCAUUGUUUCGGUUGAAAGCAAAAACUUAAAACUUUUAUUCUGAUUUCUGCAUUUAACAAUUUUUAGAAGGUUGUGUUUGUUUUUUAAUGGUUUUAUUCUUCACAAAUUUAGUUAUUUUAUUCUUGAACCAGGAUUAUAUUUAACCAUUUUAAUUUUUAAAUAGGCCACAAAUGAGUACUCUAAGUGACAUGUUUAAAAAAAAAAAAAAGGUAAAAUAAUAUUUUUUAGUUCUUAAAAAAAAAAUUCAAAGUUCAAGCAUUGAUCCAAAAAUGCACAGGAUGCAAAGAAGAGGGUGAGUGUAUGAAAAUGAAAAUUUUGUGCGUACAUAACAUAUAGAUUUAGACGGCCUCAUAGUGAAAACUUUUCUUUAACAAAUUUUAAGUACACUUAAAUUUAGAUACAAUAAAUCAAAAUCACUUGCCAUUUAUAAUGACCGAAUUCACAAAAUUUCUUAAUUCAAUUACAAUGUGGGCACUUACUAUUGAAAUGAAAAGUUAAGUUGAAAUGAAAUGUCACAUAGACAUAGGCUUAUAAAUUACUAUUGUCUCAUAAAAGUUGUCUGGAUAGAAUUCAUCUGUCUUAAAAGUCUUGUUAAUAUCCUUUUUUUUUUCUAAUGUUGAAAAAAAUGUGGUAAAUUAUUAACUGACCAUAGUCAGGCUUGCAUUGUCCGAGACUCAUUUAUACUAACAUUUUAUUACAGAGAUAUAUUCUAUUUUUGGUAGAGACUAUUAAAUAUAUAUAUUGUUAUAAGUGUUGAUUAAUAUACACGACACAAGUAAUAAAGGAAUUUGUUCAACAUUUAUCAGAUUCAGUGAGAUUACUGUUAGCUCUUUAGAGCUCUAUUUUACUAUUUCCCAGUUUGAAAUGUGUUACAUGUCAUCUUUCAAAGCACUGUGUAAAAUUUUGCAACUAGCUCGUUAAGCCAGUUCGAUACCAUAAUAUUGAGAAAAAAUAUGUUUUAUAUGUUGAUAUCACAAAACAUUUAUAUAUAGAUGCUGUUAUGUUAGUAUGUAUAGUGUGAUCAAAACUCUUUUGCUUAAUUAAAUGUUAAUAUAAUUUAAAUAUAACAUAAGUCAACUGUGCAAAUAAGGUUGAAGUUCAUUAAAAAAUAUGUUUCAACUCUAAAAUUCAUUUUAAAUAUUGUGUACUUUUAAUUAAUAUUUAUCAACAUGUCUGCAUUUAAAUGUGUUUUGGUUGCAAAAUUUGUUUAAAAAGAUUAAAACUUAGGUACUUAAAACAAAGACACAUCAUUUUAAAAAAAAAUGCAAAUAAGAUAUCUCAUCUAUUUAAAAAAAAUGUUUUUGGAAAACUUUUAUUUAUACAAAUGACUGAUUAAUGGUCUUGAGAUUAUCCAACAUUUUGUGUUGAUUUCCCAUUUUUUCAUUUUUAAUUAUUAUAUAAAUCUUCACCCCAUUUUUUAGCUCUGCAAAUUUGUUACUUUUAAUAAAUCAACCUUGAAUGCAUGUACCAUUUUAUUUUUUUUAUAGUUGAACUGAUAAAAUGUUCAGUCCAUCCAAUAUUUAUAUAGACUCCCAUUAAAAAACUGUAAUGUUAAUAAUCUUUAAUUUUUUUUUUUUAAGGUCAAGUAUAUUUGUAAAUUUAGAUAUGUAAAAUAAUAUUGAACACUCAUUUCAUUUUAAAAUUGUCUUUUACCUCCCAAACAUUCCUUAUCAAUUUUUUUUUUUAAAAGGUUGAUUAUAGUAAAUUCAUUUUGAAAAAUAAUAAUUUGGCUGGUAGGCUACACAAUGUGUGAUCAAGUCAUAUUUCAUACUUUAUGAUAUUCUAUUCAUAAAAAAUAUAAGAAUUUUUAGGAUUUUACAAAUGACCUGAUUACAGAUGCUCAAAAUACAAUAUAGAUUUAUAAUUUGUAACACUUUUCCAUUCCCUAAUCACAUUGUUUCAGUGUUAAAGCUUGUUUAACCACUCAUUUAACUUGAUUUUAAUCUAUGAAGACUUGUCUCAAAAUAUUUGUGUAAUUUCUAUGAUUUACCUUUAUCAAUUCCAUUCACUUGGAUAUUAGUAGUAAUUAAAAAGAAAUUAUAGUUGUGCUGUUCAUAAUUUCUUUUGUCUUGGAUACAUUGGUUUCAGUGUUUUCAUAGCUAGUUUAUGUAUUAGCAUUAUACUGUUGGUUUUACAUUGCAACUAUCUUGCAAUUAUAGAAACUAUAGGUUAUUUUCUUUGAAUAGUAAUUUAGUUUUUAACAAUAAAAAUUUUCUUUAGAAAGAUGACUUUGAGACUUCCCCUUAUGAUAUCUGCAUCAUAUACAAGGCAUAUCCUGGAGUGGUGACACCCAACAAUUAUACUUCAGGCCAUGCAAUGAUCCCCCGUUGAGACUACUAUUCUUGUUCAGGGUACAUUGAGAUCGUUAUGUGACUAAAAUACAGACUGUGACUACUCGAGGACGUCCAUAAUGGACAACUUGUAUCUUUCAAAAGAAAAAAGAAAAGAUGUAUUUAUAUGCAAUACAAUUAUUUGUGCCGAAAGCAAUGCAUAGGGAUCAUUCCUUAACAUCUCCCAAGAGCUUAACAUUACUGCAAGUGCUGAUUUUUACAAUAAAAUUGGGGGUGACGACUAAUUUUAACAAUUUCAAAACAGGUCAUUGUAUGAUGAUAAGCACAUGAUUCAGGGAACAAGGAAAAUUUCUACAACAAAGUUGAGGCAUAAUUUUGGUUUUAGUGAAAUACUCAUGGGUUCAACAGCAAAAAAAUGCAUAAUUAUAUUAAAUAAAUUGUAUGUCAUUUUUAUUUAAACUUAAGAUGUAUGAAAGUAUUAGAAAUUUUAUAAGACUAUGCCAAUAGCUUAAAUUAGCCAGUAAUUAAUAAAUUAUUUUGCCUUCUUAUCUAUUUAGUAUACUUACAAUUGUUUUAAAUAAAGGAAACCACAUUUAUUAGAAGAUAAAUGUCUUGGAGUCAAUAAGUUAAGUAGUGUGUAUAUAUUUUUUUAAGAAACCUAAAAUUAUUAUUUGGACUGGAAAAAAGAAAUUCUGUACUCAGGAAUGAGUUUUUAAUUUAAUAUUCACUUUGAAAAUCAUUUGAUCCUAUUGGCCAAAACCAAUUUAUUUAUUUAUAUUUGCCAUAUCCCAUUUAAGCAACUAAAAAGCGAAGACAUUUUUAACAUAAAGUCUCUUAGGUUUCAUGUAAUCACAUAUUCAUUGUAUUUUUUGUACUUUUUGUAAUGUCAUUUAAUGAUAUAUAUUUUUUUAGAAUAUUCUUAACUCAGCAGAGAACAAUGACU